CUGGCAGCUACUAUCAGCCGUCGCAAAACACCACCAUCGAACAAGAUACCUACCUAGGUACCUAACCUAACCUAGGUUACCGGACCGCUACUCGUACCAGCCGUCGCAUAUGGUGUCUAUAAAGGAAACGUGUUGGCAAUGCUCGAGUCGUUCUUCACGGGCCCUGGUAGGACAAGUCGCAUUGUAGCUCUGGUAGUCGUACUUGUUAAUUGGAAAAGCCUGCCUUUCGCCUGGACUUUCCGUGUUUUCGGUGCCAUGAUAACGCAUCUAGGCUUCAGACGCUAUCAUAAACAUACUCCUGACCAGCUCUUUCACCCGGUAAUCACGCCCUCUCACGUCUCGCUGCUCGAAGUCGAUUACAACAUCCACAAGUCCAACUCGACCUAUUUCGCCGAUCUUGAUGUCAGUCGUUCCCAGCUAGUCUCACACUUGUUCGCGCGCGGGUGUCGCGAUCUUGCUAAUAAUGCCUCAACACGCCUUGUGAUGGAUCCGUCAGACCCUUCGAAACCCGCUAAGGGCACAUUCGGCGUUAUGCUUGGUGCCGUGCAAUGCAGUUUUAAGAAGGAAUUGCAGCCUUAUCAAAAGUACGAGAUGUGGUCCCGCGUACUUAGCUGGGAUCGCAAGUGGCUCUACAUCGUCACGCAUUUCGUUGAGCAUGGCGCUGUCAAACCGCGAUCCUGGGACAACGGAAAUUUUGGCGCGACGAGGAAGGAGAAGGGGGAGCCCCAGGAUUGGGAGAAGAAAAUACACGCUACCGCUAUUAGCAAGUAUGUGUUUAAGAUCGGGCGAUUGACGGUACACCCUGCCAUCCUUAUCGACGCCAGUGGAAUGCUGCCGGAGAGACCUGAUGGUUGGACCACCAUGGAGAGCGGAAUGGCUCCGCCGUCUCAUCUUAUUACCGGUCAUGCUGCCACCGAAGCCGAGAUUAAGGAUGGACAUGGCGAUUGGGAUUGGAAGCAAACGGAAAAGCUGAGGAUAAAGGGCUAUGAGUUUGCGGCACACUUUGCAGCGCUCGAUGGCCUACAUAGCCAGUUUGAUAGCGGCGAAAAUGGAGCUCUUGGUAGAUUUGGGCUUGCAUGAUAUGUGCCACGGCUACUGAGCAUGCACUUGCAUGGCAAUAUCGUAUGGUACAGUAUAGAUCUAGACUUAUCCAUUAACAUAGACUCGACCUUAGAAAAACAAAUAGCCGAGGGCAAAUACAAACAAGUACCAAUUGAGCUUGAGCCUCCGGGAUAAUUUUAAUUGAUUUAAAUAAAAGGCAGACCUAAUUCGAGAAUAUUCAAAACGCUGCGAGAAAUAAAUUCAUUCACCACGCCAGAUUGUA